AGGAGGGAGAGAGAGAGAGAGAGAGAGAGAGAGAGAGAGAGAGAGGGGCUUUUCCCGUCGUUCCUUCUCAGUUCCUUUUUACUCAAUCAUCAAAGAUAAAAUGAGACCCCACUUAAAUAUAUAGCCAUCACUCUCUCUUUGUCUCUGUGUGUGUCUAUUGGAGAAGAAGGGUACCAUUCAGCUAAUCUGGAAGUAAAGUCACACAAAUCAUGAUGUUGAUUCAAGCAGUUGUUGGCAGUGUGAUUUUGAUCAGCAGAAGACAGACCCGCCAACUCAUUCCAUCGAGUUGGACGAACCUGUGGAGGGAAUGGGAGCCCCGAGGAUUGAUCUUGCUCAGCCUCACUGCCCAAAUCGUCCUCGUCGGUCUCGGAAACCGCCGAAAGUACAUCGCCAAACCUUGGGUCAGAACCAUUGUCUGGUUCUUCUACUUGCUUGCCGACUCUGUAGCCACAAUGGCCAUCGGCAUCCUGUCGGAUGAUAUCGGGGAAGUCUACUGGAAGGGUAAGAACAGGAAUCCUCGCUCUUCGAAUAACCAGUUAACGGCAUUUUGGGCCUCUUUUUUGCUCUUGCACUUGGGUGGGAUGGACACCAUCACCGCCUACUCGUUGGAAGACAAUGAGCUAUGGCUGAGGCAUUCUUUCAGCGUCAUUGCCCAAGCAGGGACGACCACGUACAUCAUGCUCUUGUCGUGGUCAACGUCGUCUCGUCUUUCGCCACUAUUUGUCGUGGUCUUCUUUGUUGGCCUGAUCAAGUACUGCGAACGAGUUUGGUCUCUCUUCUCAGCGAGCGAGAAAAGGUUUAGGGACUCGAUUCCUCAAAUCCCGACUAGCGAGUCCAAGAUAAUGGAGGAAUGUAAGAUGAAGCAGUUGCAGGGGUACCAUGUCACCGCGCAUCAAGUUCUUGAGGCUGAGGUCCCGGUGGUCGAUGAUCGGAUUCCCGAAUCUCACGAUGCAAAGGAAAUACUUUUGGCCAAUGCCUUCUUUGAGAUGGUCAAGCGUCUCUUCGCUGACCUCAUACUUGGCUUCCAAGAUCGGGAUGCCAGUAGGGCAAUCUUUGAAAGCAACGCAAUGAACCCUGAGAAGGCUUUAACGGUAGUCGAGAUUGAACUCGGAUUGAUGUACGAUGUUAUGUACACCAAAGCAACAGUAGUCUAUUCGGCUUGGGGGGUCACUCAACGAAUCGUCGGAAGUUUUCUGAUCCUAGGCGUAUUGCUGAUGGUAUCACUGGACGGUGCACUGGUGGUAAAAAACUCCUCCAAGACUGACCUAACCAUAACUCUGGUGUUGUUGGUAGUUGCUUUGAUUCUGGAUUUAUGUGCAUUUGGGGAACUAUUGCUCUCCGACCAAACUGCUCAUUGGUUGAUUAAGCGUGGGAAAUAUGCAAUAUUAGAAAAUAUCAAUCAUAUCCGUACCAUGAUACCAACAAACUGGGGUCGAAAACGCAAGAGGUGGUCGAAAACCGUGGAACAAUUCAGUCUGCUAGAAUUCUGCUUUGCCACAAGAAGAAAACCCUUGUUUUGCCUCAAAAUCCUAAAGCUGUUACACAUUGAGGAAGUUGCCGAGAUUUUUUGGUACCAGAGCAUUACUCCUCCAGACCCACUUUAUCUCGGAUUAAACGAAGAUUUACCAAAACAAAUCUUUAAACGGGUCAAGGAUGUUAUGUCUUGGGGAAGAAAUAACAACAAAGACACAGAUCUAAAGUCCCUGUACGGCUAUCGGGGAGGCCUAGUGCUCGAAAUGUACAACCGCAAAGAUCUUCAGUGGAGCGUGGAUAUGGCAUUCGAGCGGAGCGUUCUUGUCUGGCACCUUGCUACAGAGAUACGUUACCAACUCGAUUUCAUAAUGAAGCCGGAUGUUACUAAUACCCCGUCGUACUUCCACGACAGGGGCAAGUGCAUGUCGCGCUAUAUGCUAUACCUCCUAGUUAAGCAUCCGGAUAUGUUGCCGAUUGGGAUGGGACAAAUCAAGUUUAGAGACCUAUAUUCCAACCUUGCGGACUUCAUAGAAAUGCGUACAUCCAAGUCGCUUAAAGACGUGACAGAAGAAGACGCUGCGGAUUUGUUGAUAGGCUUGGUGAAGGAUGAGAACAUGGUUGUUGGAGGAGGGGACAUGAGUAAUUCUGUGAUAUUUGACAGCUGUAAGCUCGCGUCACAACUCGGAAAGUACGAGCAGGAACAAGGAAGACACGACGAACAGGAACGUAUAUGGAAUGUAAUUGUUUUUUUUUGGAUGGAAAUAUUGGGUUAUGCUGCAAGCCAAUGCAAAGGACGACAACAUGCUCAACAGUUGAGACGAGGGGGGGAGUAUCUCACUCAUCUCUGGCUUCUCAUGGCACAUUUUGGCUUAACUGAUCACUUCCAAAUACCUCGUAGUCGUGCUGUAGCUGAGGCCGUUUUUAGGUAAACAAAACUAAGGGUAUGAAUGUUUAAUUGUUUAGUAGCCGUUCUUUUAGAUUGUGGCUGUUUUAAUUUGGUGUUAGGUUACUUUGCGGCUUUCGUGCUUCUUGUGAUGUUUUUGGUCGGCUUCUUGCCUUUCUUUGGGUGUGAUUUUCAAGAGGCUUUUGCCGGUGUGCCCGUGAUCUUUUUAAUCUUCGUUAUCAUCUUCAAAGAUUAAUAAAAAUUUCUUUUUGCCUA